ACAAAAAUAAAACAAAACAAAAUGUGAAAAAGACGAGCCGUGUGAAUGGAAAAGAUGAAUCUAUGGAUGACGAGAUUGGGAGAUUAACGAACGAAGUUUUGCCUUCUGUUUGUUUUUUGUUUGAUUUUAUUUUAUUUUUUUUUUUUUUUUUGUUAUUUUUUUAGUUUAUCCGCAAAUGCAUUUCAAUUAAACAUUAUUCAAUAAAAACAUCACAUGUAAUUCUUGCAUACCUCUCGACCAUUUAAUAUAAAAUAUAUGAACGAACCGGGAAGUUUAAAAUGUGUGGUUGCUUUCAUUUUCUUUUAUUUAUUUUUAGCUGCGCAACGACGUAGUACCAAAAACGGCAGAGAACUUUCGAGCUCUCUGCACGGGUAAAAAGGGUUUCGGCUAUAAGGGUUGUACGUUUCAUCGUGUCAUACCGAAUUUUAUGUGCCAGGGCGGUGAUUUCACUAAUCAUGACGGCACAGGUGGAAAAUCCAUUUAUGGUAUCACUUUUAAAGAUGAAAAUUUUAAAUUGAAACAUACUGGGCCGGGCAUUCUUUCUAUGGCGAAUGCAGGUCCCAAUACAAAUGGUUCGCAAUUUUUCAUAUGUACUGUUAAGACACCAUGGCUGGAUGGUCAACAUGUUGUUUUUGGUCAAGUUAUACAGGGUAUGGAUGUAGUGAAGAAGAUGGAAUCAUUUGGUUGUGCUGCGGGUAGUCCAAUGAAAAAAAUCGUUAUUAUCGAUUGUGGUGAACUGAAGUAAUACUCAGAUCAUAAAAC